GAGAGGGAGAGACUCGUUAAUCUCCAGGGAAAUGGGCACGUUUGGAAUAAGCGGUACCAGUCAGCAAGCGCACUCUAAUAUCCCAGUGGCUGUGGAAGAAGUGUUUCCAGAGAGAGCGAGAGAGGGGAGGGAGAGAGAGAGGGAAUAUGAGGGCAGUACUCAGGAUGAGCCUGUGCUUUGAGGCUGUAAAACACUAGACCCUGAGGGCAUUCUCUGAGAUCUUCGGGAAAACUGACUGUGGAAAAGGAAAGUGAGCUGGUAUCAGCCGCAGUUGUUGAGGUUCACGUCGAUGCAUUGGGCGUCCAGCUGAGAUGCGCGACGCUGACGGUCCUGCCCCGUCUGUCGAACCGGACCGAUGAGGAUGAUGAAGAUGAGGAUGAUGUCCACACGGCGCGUGUAGCGCUAAAUCACCACUACCGGACUCUUAGGAGACACUCCACUCUGAUCCGCGCUCAUUCAGACUUCAGAUGGACUACCUUCACUCUGCACUGACCAGUAAAAUGAAUUGGAUCACACUCCUGCUGGCCGGCUUGACUUUUUGGGGCAAAGUGUCCGUGCACAGCUGCUUCGAUUAUGAUGACAGUUAUGAUUAUUAUGAAGAGGAGAAAACAGAAACGAUAGACUACAAGGAUCCCUGCAAAGCUGCUGUAUUUUGGGGAGAUAUUGCCUUGGAUGAAGAGGACUUGAAAAUGUUUCAGAUCGAUGGAACAAUAGAGCUUUCACAGCAGUCCCAUGGGAGACAAGGACACAUGUCGGGUGGUCUAGGAGAGCAUAAUCCCAGUAAGAAGAGAGGUUCAUUAUAUCUGUUGCUUGACAGAAUACGACGGUUAGGUUUUGAGUCGUGGCCAGUCAACAGCCGUAAAGAUGUGUCGAGCUCCAAGGCUGGUGGGAGGAGUGUAAAUAGCGACAGAGGUGUGAAGUCUCGAGUGCCUCGUGCUGCCACAUCCCGAGCUGAGAAGAUCUGGCCCGGAGGAGUCAUCCCUUACGUCAUAGGAGGCAACUUCACUGGAAGUCAGAGGGCCAUGUUAAAACAAGCAAUGAGACACUGGGAGAAACAGACGUGUGUGACCUUCAUUGAGAAAACUGAUGAGGAGAGCUACAUCGUCUUCACCUACAGACCCUGCGGGUGUUGCUCUUAUGUUGGUCGUCGUGGCAAUGGUCCCCAGGCAAUAUCCAUUGGAAAGAACUGUGACAAGUUUGGCAUUGUUGUUCACGAACUUGGACACGUAAUUGGCUUUUGGCACGAGCACACACGACCUGACCGUGACGAUCAUGUGACCAUCAUUCGAGACAACAUCCAACCAGGUCAGGAGUAUAACUUCAUUAAGAUGGAACCAGGGGAUGUCAACUCUCUUGGUGAGCCCUAUGAUUUUGACAGCAUCAUGCAUUAUGCCAGAAACACUUUCUCCAGAGGAAUGUUUUUGGACACGAUUCUUCCCUCUCGUGAUGAGAAUGGUGUCAGGCCUGCGAUCGGUCAGAGAACUAGACUCAGCAAAGGAGAUAUAUCCCAAGCCAAGAAGCUAUACAGAUGCCCAGCAUGUGGCGAAACACUACAGGACUCAGUUGGUAAUUUCUCAUCUCUGGGAUAUCCUAAUGGAUACCCAUCAUAUACACACUGUGUAUGGAGGAUCUCCGUCACACCUGGGGAGAAGAUAGUGUUAAACUUCACCACUAUGGACCUCUACAAGAGCAGCCUGUGCUGGUAUGACUACAUUGAGGUUCGUGACGGAUACUGGAGGAAAGCGCCAUUGCUGGGUCGUUUCUGUGGUGAUAAAAUUCCAGAAGUGUUGGUCUCUACAGACAGCCGGAUGUGGAUUGAGUUCCGCAGUAGCAGCAAUUGGGUUGGAAAGGGAUUCGCAGCAGUCUAUGAAGCAAUAUGUGGAGGGGAGAUCAGUAAGGACUCUGGACAGAUUCAGUCUCCAAACUAUCCAGAUGACUACCGUCCAUCUAAGGAAUGUGUGUGGAGGAUCACAGUGUCCGAGGGCUACAGUGUGGGCUUGAGCUUUCAGGUCUUUGAGAUCGAGAGGCAUGACAGCUGUGCAUAUGACUAUCUAGAAGUUAGAGAUGGAUUGUCUGAGAACAGCCCUCUGAUCGGCCGAUUCUGUGGCUAUGAUAAACCUGAAGAUAUCCGUUCCACCUCCAACACUCUCUGGAUGAAAUUCAUCUCUGAUGGGACGGUUAAUAAAGCAGGCUUUGCUGCAAACUUCUUCAAAGAGGAAGACGAGUGUCUGAAGCCAGAUAAUGGGGGCUGUGAACAGAGAUGUGUUAACACAUUAGGAAGCUUCAAAUGUGCCUGUGAUCCUGGAUACGAACUGGCCCCUGACAAGAAGAGCUGUGAAGCUGCUUGUGGUGGCUUGCUGACCAAGUUGAACGGCACAAUUACUACCCCAGGUUGGCCUAAGGAAUACCCUCCCAAUAAGAACUGUGUGUGGCAAGUGGUGGCUCCCACUCAGUACCGCAUAUCCAUGCAGUUUGAAACCUUUGAACUUGAGGGAAAUGAGGUUUGCAAGUAUGACUAUGUUGAGGUGCGGAGCGGCUUGUCAUCUGACUCGAAGCUUCAUGGGAAAUACUGCGGUACGGAAGUCCCUGAGGUCAUCACCUCCCAGUACAACAACAUGCGAAUUGAGUUCAAAUCCGACAACACAGUCUCCAAGAAAGGCUUCAAAGCUCAUUUCUUCUCUGAUAAAGAUGAGUGUUCAAAGGAUAACGGUGGAUGCCAGCAUGAGUGUAUCAACACUGUUGGCAGCUAUGUGUGCCAGUGCCGCAACGGCUUUAUUCUGCAUGAGAACAAACACGACUGCAAGGAAGCCGAGUGUGAGCACAAGAUCCACAGCACGAGCGGAACCAUCAGCAGUCCGAACUGGCCUGACAAAUACCCCAGCAGGAAGGAGUGCGCGUGGGAGAUCAGCGCCACCCCGGGCCACCGGGUCAAGAUUUCUUUUAAUGAGUUUGAGAUUGAGCAGCACCAGGAAUGUGCAUAUGAUCACCUGGAGGCCUUUGACGGUGACUCGGACAAGAUGCCCAUCCUGAGCCGCCUGUGUGGCAGUACGCUUCCAGAACCACUCAUUUCCACGGGCAACAGGAUGUACCUGCGCUUCAUCUCCGAUGCCUCAGUGCAGCGGAAAGGCUUUCAGGCCACUCAUUCCACUGAAUGUGGCGGUAGGCUGAAAGCAGAAGCACGGCAGAAGAAUCUGUAUUCUCAUGCUCAGUUUGGGGAUAAUAACUAUCCAAGCCACGUCGACUGCGAGUGGCUCAUAACGGCAGAGUCGGGUUACAGCAUUGAGCUCACCUUCACCACCUUUGAGGUAGAGGAGGAGGCCGACUGCGGGUACGACUACAUCGAACUUUACGAUGGCUACGACACCGGAGCGCACAAACUCGGACGCUUUUGUGGAUCUGGGCCUCGUGAGGAGCUUUACUCUGCUGGUGAUGCCAUGUUGAUCAAUUUCCACUCUGAUGACACAAUCAGUAAGAAAGGCUUCCAUAUCCGCUACACUAGCACGAAGUUUCAGGAGGCGCUACACACACGCAAGUAACAUCUCCCUGAGAGAGACUGAGCACAGGGAUGACUCCUGCCGUGGUGUGUUUCCUGCAUUGGAUUUGCCUCUCUAUGUUCAGCCACUAAGGAAGUGCUGCCAUUUUGAACCUAAACACCAAUCAGCUGCUCUUAUGUGUGGGAUAGCUCCGCACACUGGAGUGGUGUCCUGCGCUCUCUGACUGGACCGGUGAAGUAAAUCAAUCCCUGGAAAAAACACACUCAGACAUAACAACUUUUUGUUGGCUCUCCGUUAUUCAGAUAAGCCAGUUAUAUAUUGAGUUGCACACUGAAAUUAAGAGACAA